AUGAAGAGAUUUUUCUCUCUUGUAUCAUCCAAGUUGCCACAAUCAAGUUCAUCUGCUACAAAUGCUCCUCAGGUGGAGGAAAACUUGAACCAAUUAGAAGAAAAUCAUCAUUCCGCUAAAAAACAAAAGCAAAGAGUAGAUUUAGAUUCUUUAUCGGCAGAUCCAAAGAAAAGAAUACACAUUCUGGACUAUCUUCCAGAUGAACUUGAUGAGAUAAGACGAGCAUAUAUCCAGAGACGUCCUCAUCAACCUCAACUUCCUAUGUUCCUCAAACAGAUUCUUAUGGAUGAAAGCAUUCAUCAAGGUGGAGGCGAAGCAUUUUCAAGUAUAGGAUUCAAGAGUUGGCACAAAAAGAAAAGAUUAGAUACGCACGUUGGUGAGUUGAACAGUGAUCACAACCAGGCAAAGAAAAAGUGUGAAGAUCUAAUGCGACAAGAACAGUCAAUUCAAGUUGUGUUUGUAAACCCGGAUAAUAAAACUAAGCUUGAGCACAGAAUUCGUUCAAAGGCUUCAAUUGAGGUGGUGAGACUCUUUUUGAAUCAAGGAUUGGCAUUUCGUGGACAUCACGAAGAUGAAUCAUCAUUAAACAAGGAUAAAUUUCUUGAAAUUCUUUCAUGGUAUGCCAAGCGGUGUGAUAAAAUUGGUGAUCUUGUGUUGAAAAUGGCUCCGAGAAAUGAUCAAUUGACUUCUCACAAAAUUCAAAAAGAUAUUAUCACUUCAUGUAAGCUUGAAACAAUUAAAGUUACUAUGGAGGAUCUAAAUGGCAACUAUUUCUCGUUGCUAGUUGAUGAAUCUUGUGAUGUGUCAUGUAAGGAGAAAAUGGCAAUUGUUUUGCGAUAUGUUGAUAGAUGGGGAUCUGUGGUGGAGUGGUUUAUUGGGAUCGUUCAUGUUCGUGAUACUAGUGCUUUAUGUUUAAAAGAAGCAAUUGUUAACUGCCUUGCUCAACAUUCUUUGAGUUUAUCUCAUAUACAUGGACAAUGCUAUGAUGGAGCAAGCAAUAUGCAAGGGCUUCUAAGUGGCCAUAAAACUUUGAUUCAACAAGAAAGUAGAUCAGCUCAUGCGAUUCAUUGUUUUUCUCAUCAACUUCAGUUGACUCUUGUCGAGGUAUCUAAAAAAUGUCUUCAAGUUGAAGAACUCGUAUUGUCGGUUUCUAAUGUCUUAAAUGCAGUAAGAGGUUCUUUUAAACGCAUGGAUGAACUUCGAGAAUCUCAAGCAGAAAAAGUUCAAGAGGCACUAGAUAUGGUCGAGGUUGCAACUGGUAAGGGCUUGAAUCAAGAACUUGGUCUUGCUAAGGCUGCCAAUACUCGUUGGGAUAUUUUGGCGAUCACAAAUGAACUUAAUGAAUCACUACAGAAGAAAGAACAAGAUAUUGCAAAUGCUAUGUUACUUGUUCAAGUGGUGAAAAAACGAUUGCAAGAUCUAAGAGAUGAAGGAUGGGAUCCACUUAUCGAGAAUCUGUCUGCAUUUUGUGUCAAGUAUGAUAUUUUGAUACCUAAUUUUGAUGAGUUCUAUGUUAAUUUUGGAAGAUCUCGACGUAGAGUUGCUGAUUAUACUUUCUCACAUCACUAUCGUGUUGACAUAUUUUGUAAGAUUACUGGCAACUUCAAGCACUCAAUGAACGUUUUAACGAGUUUUGACAUCAAGAAAAUAUUGAGAAUGGCUGAAUUAUAUCCUGAUGAUUUUGGUGAAAAUAUAAUGGUUACUCUUAAGAAUGAGCUCGAGACUUAUAUUGUUGAUGUCCGUGAUGUUGAUGGAAGGUUCUCCAACCUAAAAGGACUCGGUAAUCUUACUGAAGAGCUAGUUAAAACAAAGAAGCAUUUAAAUUAUCCCCUUGUGUUUGGCCUUGUAAAAUUUGUGUUGCUCCUGCCGGUCGCCACUGCUACAAUUGAAAGAGCUUUUUCGGCAAUGAAGUUGAUCAAGAGUGAAUUGCGAAAUCGAAUGGAUGAUGACUUCAUGAGCAGUUAUAUAGUGCCUUAUGCAGAAAAAAGAAUAUUUAAUACUGAUUCUGAUGAGAGUAUUAUGAAUAGGGGAAGUGCUCCUACAGUGAUUCAACAUCCGUCGUCAGCUCCUGGAGCAGAGGCUUCAACACGAGAGAUUGCCACGAUUCGAAGGAUCACUUAUUCAGCAAACUCUAGCGGAGUGAAGGAUAUAGAAGCAGAGAAGGAACGCCUGCCAGAGAAAGCGAAACCAUCUAUGGUCGAUGUUCUGAGAGAAAACAUAUCGUUUCACCAAGGUAUGAAGCUCAAUUACUAUCCUCUUAUUCUUAAAGAAGAGGUUAAGGUCGCAAAGUUAAAUGUGUCGGAGAUUGAUACGGAAAUAGAGAAAUGGAAUCACUCUUUAGUUGGAUAUGUCAUAGGGGGUAAUCCCUUGUUCAAGGAGAUGCUAAAAUUUGCUUAUGGGGUAAGGAAGUUUGUGACGACGCCACAGGUGUUCUUACACACCGAUGGGUAUUUUAUUUUUUGCUUUGAAAAUGAAGAAGAUAAAUGCGAAGUUCUAGAAAAAGCACCCUAUACUUACAAUAACAGGACAGUGAUUUUGAGAAAUUGGGUGACUGAUUUUGAAUUACAGAGGAAUCAUCCAGAAUUUUGCCAAUUUGGGUAUCUUUUCCGAGUCAGUCAACUGUGUCUACAAAUUGAUAGACAGGUAACAUGA